CGGCCCGGCCCACCGCGGCUCCCGGGCUCCCCCUGCGGAGCCGCUCAGCCCCGCAGCACCAACCCUUCCGCCCUUCCGCCUCUGGCCGCCCGACCCUACGGACGCUGCGGCCAUCGAGGUUGAGAUGCUUCUUGAAAUAAUUGGAUGAGAGUGCCUAAGGUCUUUUAUAAGCAACUGAAGUGGGUGCCUAUGUAAGGAAAACAACAUGGUGAAGAAAAGGAAAAAGAACGACAAAGAGAUGGUUUUGAGAGAUACCAGAAACUAGUAAUGCAUGUAGUAAAUGAAGCAGGGGAGUUACAGUGCAAGGAAGGAAAACUUCUCAGUUGAAGCUGCUACAUGGUAUCCUGAAGACCAACUCAGGACUGUGGGUUUAUCCCUGUUGAUGGCAAAGGAACUCACACCAGCAUAGCUGAAAUUCUAAUACUGCUUUAUCUAUUGCAUCGCUCCUCCAGCAACUAUUUACACUGAAUCCUACCUGUGAUCAAUUAUUAACUUAUAUUUGCCAGUAAAAUCAGCUGAAACUUCAGAUCAUCAGAAGCACAUGAAUCAGGAGAAGUUUCUUCAUUUUUUUUAGUAUUGUUUCUUGAGUGGCUGCUUCACUUUUCAAUGUCAGAAAUUAUCCUGGGAUGGAUUUUUGCAAAUGUUUUGUAGUAUAAGAUUGGCUUUUCUUCAGCCUUCAGUCACUGACCAAAGCUAUUUACAGCCAAGCACAUCCAACAUACAGAUAAUCCUAAAGGAACUGUAGAAAAACAGUGAAGCACCUCAAUUUAUGUUAAAUUGAAACUAUAAACACCAUGUUAAACUAGAAACCAUAAAAACACCGUUGGGUCAAGUGUUUCUCUAAAGGCAAUUGUGAUUCACAAUAGUUGACUGCAUCACGACACUUCUUCCCAAAUGCAAGAUUUCCCCAAAUGCAAAUUUUCCACAAAUUUCUUGUUCUAGUCAUAUUCCAGCUGUAUUUGUGCAUCAUGAUACAUUUGGGACAAUUCUUUAAAGGAGGAUGGCUUUGAGAAGUUGCUGUAUAUCCUGUUAUUAGAACAUGAGAAUGAGCUCUUUAAAUAAGCGAUCUUCUGAUGCUGUUCAUUGGCUUACAGAUUAUUCAAUACAGGACUGGCAGCAUUCCUGCUUGACAAGUUCUUACAGCUUUCAUUCAAGUCAAGAGCUGAACAAGAAGUCACUACUCAGAAGAACAGUUUGUAUAAUAUAUAAAGAGGAACAGAGCUGAAACUGGAUCAUUCAAACUUUAUCAGUAGGAACCUAUAUGUAAAUUUUACAGAGAACUACAAGUAACCAGGCAUAUGAGCACUGUAUAGAACAAAUUCUGACUAGCAGCAGAUGGACAUUCAGUGCCCCCCUUGUAGCUUACUCCAUCUCCUUGCAUAAUCUGCACUGGAACCACAGAUACGAAGACCAGGGACCUGUAUACCAGAAUUGUUUCACAAAACAAUUUUACUCUUCUUGGGAAGCAACUGAAUGGGGUAUUUCUGUGAUAUUGUCUGAAGAAUGAAGAUCCAGACUAGGCAACGUCUAAUUCAUACACCUCUUUCUUACAGGUAGUUCUGUUUUAGCAUUUAUCUGGCUGUAAUCUUCAAACAGCAUCUAUCAGAAUUCAGCUUAAAGUAUUUCAGCUACAACCUGUAGACUGCAGUCAGAACAGUGUAUAAUUUUUUUCCUCCUGGGAACAAUUAAUAAACUGGUGGGGUUACAAUUCAGUGAGUAAAGGAAGUCCUAAUGUAAGGCUUUUUCAGUGUACAAUUAUGAUAUUAUGGCCCUAAUUCAUCAUUUUGUUAGAAAAAUUUUACAUGGGUGUGAGUGCCGUGGAAUUUGGCACAAUGCUCAGCACAGGAGCCUGGUUGUGUUGUACUUCACAUUCAUUUAAAACCACAGCCACUGCGCUGAAGUUCAGCCGAGUCUCAAAGGUACUCAAAUGGUUCCAUGAAGGGAUAUUUCAGGACUCUAGAUUUAGAGGGGUGUUCCAAGCACUAAUACAAUCUCUGUGAGUAAAGAGCCUACACUCCAGCCAUGACACAGAGAUCCCUCCUAAACCUCAACUAUUAACUAAGUUCCAUGUCAUUAAAAUUCACUCUUGGAUGCAAAUCCAGAAAGCUAAGUUUUUAAUUUAAUUUAAAUUAAAAGUACUCCAUCAUACAAAUACUCUGGGCCAUUCUGAGGACAAAGGUGAGAGAUUACACUCACCACUUGGAAAGGGCUGCUUCCUUUCACCAGCCAGGGAAAGGGCCAUCGCAUUCACCAAUGUCGUGCCAACACAGUAAAGUUACUUUUGCAGCUCCGUCCUCUGUCAUCUUUGCUUAGUUCUUCAUCAAAAAACAUAUCACUUGGUCAUAGAUAUAACACAAUUAUCCAGUUCCUCUGAAUUGCCGAUGACAUUUUAUCUUCCCUUUCUUCUACAUCAGUGACUCCUCAUUGUAACUGCUGCUUAGAACAAGCUCCUCAACCAACAGUGGAGCAGGAGACUAUUAUUAUCACCAUUUGUAAGUGCAGAAAUGUGGGACUGACCUAUAUGGACCUGCCUGGCAUGAACAAUCCCUCACAAGGGGCAGUUCUGAGAAGGGUGCAGCAAACAAAGGGUGCUUGCUUUUUAUUAGGGACAUCUCUACCAUCACAUAAGCCCAGGAAUUUCUUAAACAGAAGUACUUAGUGGUUCUCAGCAGUAUGAGAUUAAAGUUCAAGCAGAUAUCUGUAGAUGGUAAGACAUUUCCUCAGCAAAGAAAACACUAACUUCUGUGUAACAAAGGGGCCUUCCAUUUUAACCCCUGGCUCCUCCGAGCUGCAGAUGUUCCACUAGUCUGAGAUUGGCUGGGGUUUGCUGCAGCAAUAAGGUCUUGUACAUGAUUUCUGAGGGGACCAGUUCUGUUAGUAAGAAAUUCAUCUCAAUGGAGCCAUGCCAAUUUAUAUUUGACAAUGGUGUGGCCCUGAUUCCCUGUGUAGAAAGCUGCUUUCCCAGUCCUGAUGUUUCCACUGCUUCAUCUUUCAGGUUUGCACAGAAUUAAUUGUCACCAGAUGAUAAAAUAAGUUCCACGAUCUCAUCUUUAUAACUGAACCUUUCUAUUUCCUUAUGGACACAUUAAAGAUGUUUGAUUUAAGGAGAUCAAUGGCUCAGUGAGUCAUAUUGCUCAGAUCUUUGCACAGAUGGGGACCCCCACUCAGCACGUAAGUCUGUUCCUGUGCAGAGCAAAUGUAGGAUGGGGCUUAUCUCCAUCACUUUGGUCCCUUUUUAGCAUUGCAGGGCUCAUCCUGAGAUCCAUAAAUGCUAAGGGACUUUAUUAGGAAAGGAGGAAGAGAGCCCCUGAAAAUGAAUCCUGAGUCUGUGUUGCUAGGUGUGUAGAUUUCAAGAUCGGAAGUGUAUGUCCCUUGUGGCGACAACAAAGGACAGAAAUACUUCUCCAGGAAGCCAAAGAAAUAUCAGAGAAAUUACAGAACUGCACAAGGGUACCAGGCAUCCAUGUGGCCUUUGUGCAGCAGAGCUUGAGAUAUGAAUCUCCUAUUCUCAAAAUAUUCUGGGAUGACUGAGAGAGAGAAAUGUCAUAAAAGCUAUUUCGCCUCCUGCUUCAGUGAGAAGUUUUUUGCUUUGGGUAGAUGGGAAAUUUCACCUUUUUAUCUACAGCCCUAUGAUAUAAAUACAGUGUGCUAGUGACUGAAAGUUAUAUAGCAAUAAAUGAAAGUUUCCAUUGCCAGGAUUUCCAGAUACUGCCUGUGACAAUGUUAAUACUAGCCCCCAGAACAACCACUUCUGAAGUCCGUGGUGGCAGCCUAAUAACCUCAGAGAACUGAUGUUUUGGUUUCAGCAUGACUCUCAAAUGGACAGAUGUCCUUCUCAGACCUGCAGCACUACAGCUGCUCUCCUUGCAGUUAGCCUCUGCAGGCCCAGUGAUGCACAAGACUGAGCAGCAGAGGUGGUUACGGAUCUGCCAGAUGGUCUGAAGUGGAGAGGUUGGGCAGAAGGAGAAACUCUUCCACUGUUCCACAUUCCAGCCUUUCCUCACUUUCAAGACUUUUUUUGUUGUACCUCUGUACUUCCCCAUUUUUUAUAUAUUGGCGCUCCACCACUCUCCCAAACCCUGAUCACCUGUUUUAUCAACAUUUUUUUAACCAUCUCUGCACUCCCUUUCAGAUCUCCCUUAUUGAUGGAAAGCUUUUUAAAAACGAAUUCACAAAGGCUAUACUCCUCUCCUCUUUCAGCUCCUUCCUCAAGAUUUACACCCACCAGAAUAUUUGCAGGAAAUUGCAAGCUAAUAAUAGCUUUGCAGACAACCAGUGAUGACGGUCAAAUGUCUUUGAAAUGGAUUCGGUUUUAUUUGUCUUUCUCACCUUUUGGAUUAGAUUAUCUCUUGACUGGUAGAUGUCACCACCAAGUUUUUUAAUCUCUUUGUUAAGCACUGUCAUUUCUCUACAUGGAGCUCUGCUUGCAAGUUGUGCAUGAAUUUUAGCCUGUGUAGUGGACCAGAGAGGUGGAGCACAGCAGAGUAUGGAGGGUUAUCUCCACUAUGUCCACAGCUGAACAUGUAAAGAAGGUUUGGACUUCAGAUCCUGGUGGACUCCAUACACUUCAAGUGAAUGAGGGAGCAGCACUUUGAUAUAAAGCAUGGAAGAGUAUUCUGUACCACAUAAGGGAAAAGAAAAGACUACUGCUGAUUGCUCCAGAAAAGUUACCAUCUAAGGAAUUCAGAAUCUGAUUUUACAGGAAUCACUGUUUGGAGAAGGGCUCUAGCAUGUGUAGCUGUUGUGUUGUGUUAGUCCUUUGCUGCUUGGGACUGCUGUCUGCAGAUCAGAGCCUGAAACCUCAGCUUGGAGACUUUCAGCUUGCAACAAAUAAUCCCACUCUUACCACAGUUGCUCUAGAGAAACCUUUCUGUAUGUUUGAUAGCUCACUGUAUCCAAACAGAUCUUAUGCCAUCUACUUGUAUGUAAUGAAGGAAUCAGCAAGUGUGAUGAGCUCCCUCGUGACUGACGAAAGCAGCAAACCCCUGGGCAGCACGUUCCAGCAAACAAGCGGGGGACGGCUCGGACCUUACAAUGCUGCCUUCUUCGAUGUACCUGACUGUGCAGUGCCCCCCAGGCUUCCUGAUGUAGGAGACAUGAACAAAGCUCCUGAUGUCCUGAAGCAAUACCUCUUCAGAGUUGGGGACGAUGGGACUUGUCUGUAUGACCCAAACUUCCUAGGGGUCUGUAACCCACCACUUGCCCCAGACACGACAUACAGGUUUAAAUACGUGUUGGUAGAUAACUCUGAAGGUAUCGUGAAAGACCAAACUCUUUGGUCUGAUCCAAUCAAAACCAGAAGAUCCAAACUUCCCAUGAAAAUUGAUACCUGGCCUGGUCGAAGGAGUGGAGGCAUGACUGUCAUCACAUCAAUCCUAAGUGUUUUGGUGUUCCUUUUGCUUACUGGCUUUCUUGCUUCUGUGUUUUCUGUUGUUAUGGGAUCAGAAGAUGCUUCUGCAGAGACAAAGGGCAUGUCUCCAACUGUUCAGCAAAGUGAACUGAGACCACAGCUGAGCUCUGAGUGAAAAACCUGGUUCAUGUCAAGCUGGAAACACAACUGAAUUGUUACAGGUGCUAGACCUACAGGACUGUCUCCUACUGGACUCAACACUGGUCCACUGCUACAGUAUGCAAACAGGCAAAUGCACAUGAAUAACACAGAUAAAAUAAGGACAACUUUAAAAAAUAAUAAUGCAGUAUGUGAUAUCCUGUCUUGCCCUAAUGAGAUUUCAUUUAGCUAACUGGCUUUUAUAGCACCCAUCAGGUACCUGGUCUGAAGUAAGAAGAUUAAUGAGAUCCUUCAACUUCAGUGGUGCAAUGACAGGUUGUCUUGUACAUGUUCUCAUGUUGAGCCUGCAGACUUCUGAUGCGCUUCUCAUGAUCAGAAGAACAUGAUGUAGCCAUUUGUGUCUCAACCUUUCUCUGUAGUGACUGCUGAGGAAUUAAAGAAAUACGGGCUGCUUUAUUAAAAGAUGUUCUUAGAGAAAACUAAGGAUUAAAAGGUAGACAACAGGGAGCUGCUGCUUCCUCAGGAUUUUGGUGACCAUUUGUCAUAAGUCUUCCAUUCUUUCCUCUCUUUCCUUAAAAAGAAGCAACCAAGUUCCAAUUGCCCUGUAUGUAGCAGAGUAAUUUUAAUCUCCAAUACUUAAAUACCCUCAAACAGCUUUACAGGGAUAAUAGCAAACAAAAUUACUUCAAUGAAGGUGUGUUCUUUCAGAGCUCAGUAUAAUCUGCUGAUGGGCUAGUAACGGGGAGAUACUGCUUCAGUGGAAAAAACAUGAGUAUAUCCACUGCACUCAGGGUUGGCCUCAUUCCUGACCUUUACCUUAGGCAGCAGCAAGCCAGCACUCCUCGCAUCUUAGUAUCUGUAUCUGGGCUGGGGGGGGUUGGAGGGUCUUUUGAGCUAAUUCUUUGUUUCUUCAUUUUAUGAUCAGUUGGAGAGUAGAAAUAAAGUUUUGCAUCA